AAAUAUUUCUUUUGUACAUUAAAUUCAAGUAAAAAACAAUUACUCUAUUACUGGAGUCUUUUAAUAUGAAACCUCCACUAUUGAAGUAUAGGCCACUAUCACAGCAAUUAUAAUGAAUCCCGAUUUGGAUCCGAAUCGCCCAUCAAGAAAAUUUUCUGCUCCCAGACCCCUGGAGGAUGCUAUUGAUCUGGAAUCGAAGGAGAAGCAACGUCUACGCCAAGAGCGUCUGCUGACUGUAAACGAAGAGGCUGUAGAUGAGCUUGAAGUGGAGAAAAAACGAGCUCAACGGGCUGCUGAUGAAGCAAAGCGUCUUGAAGAGAAUGUCCUUAAGGCGAAAAAAGAACGUGAGGCUGCUGAGAAAAAGGCCCUAGAAGAAGAAGAAGCCAAAAAACAGCGGGCUGCUGAAAAAUUGGCCGAAGAGCAACGAUUAAUUCAAGAAGCACGCCUUGCUGAGGAAGUUCGUCUAGCCGAGGAAGCAGCCCAAAAGGCGGCAGCAGAGGAAGCUAAACUGGCUGAGGAGGCGGCUGCACGCAAAGCUGAGGAAGAACGAUUGGCUGAAGACGCCCGCCUUGCUGAAGAGGCUCGAUUGGCGGAAAUAGCUGCUCAGAAAGCAGCAGAAGAAGCCAAAGCUGCUGCAGAGGCGGAAGCACGUAAGUUUGAAGAGGAGAAACGCCUAGCCGAAGAAGCUGCCCAAAGAGAAGCCGAAGAAGCUGCCCGUAAAGCGGAAGAAGAUCGUCUGGCUGAGGAAGCACGACUAGAGGAAGAAAAGCGUGUGCGGGAGCAAGAGCUGAGCCGGCUGGAAGAAAUUGAAAAGCAGGCCGAGGAAGAGCGCGAGGGCGAGCUGGCACGCCAAGCAGCCGAGCUAGCCGAAAUCGCACGUCAGGAGGCUGAACUCGUUGCCCAAGAGCUUCAAUCCAUUCAAAAGGAAGACAGAGCUGUGGACGAACCCGUCGCUGAUGAGCCUAUUGUUGAUGAGCCGGAAACUCCAGUCGCCGAAACUGAACAGGAGCCACUUAUUGAAUUAAAUUCAAAGAGUGGAGAAACUGCUUUCGUAUUGGAGAACGCUGCCGGCGAAGCUUACGUAGAAGAUGCCGAAUACGAAGAAGAAGAAUAAUUUCUUCGAGCAAUAGCCAUUAAUU